AUGGCUUCGCAACUCCUCCACCUACCGCUCAACACUUUUCAGCUCCGCCACUUCGUCGCCGGAUAUGUGCAGUUCCGAUCACGAUUAAAAGCUUCAACAGAUGUGAAUGAUCCUUUUUUACUUCUGAGGCAUUCUCAAUUCUCGCGUAAGAGCUCUCAGGACUUUCUUCUCCGGCCGGUCUCUGUGAGAGUUAAGUGUUCUGCCAAAUCUACUGAGGAGAAGGAAGCUGAUGUAAGUGUUAAAGAAAGUGACGAUGGUGCCGAAGACGCUGAUAGAGACAGAAUCCAGCGGGACUCCGCUUCCACGCCGAGGAUUAAUUCGACGGCAUCCUCCGAUUCCUUAUCACUUGGAAUUCGUGAACCUGUUUACGAGGUGGUUGAAGUGAAGGCCAAUGGAAUGGUUUCAACUCGCACAAUUAACAGAAGGCAUUUGCUGAAGUCAAGUGGUCUUCGUCCUCGGGAUAUCAGGAGCGUCGAUCCUUCAUUGUGGUUGACAAACAGUAUGCCUUCUUUAUUGGUUCGUGAACAUGCGAUUCUCUUAAAUUUGGGCACCUUGCGGGCAAUAGUUAUGCAAGAAAGUGUGCUGAUAUUUAACUAUAACCGCAAGGGAGGGAAAGCUUUCAUCGAUGCCUUAUUACCCCGAUUAGAUCCUAAUGGGAAUGGGGGUCCCUCCAUGCCGUUUGUGCUUGAGGUGGUUGAAGCGGCCUUGCAUUCACGGAUACAACGAUUAGAACAGAGACUAAUGGCUUUAGAACCACGUGUACAAUCAUUGCUUGAGGUUUUGCCAAACCGUUUGACCGCUGAUGUAUUAGAACAACUCCGCAUCAGCAAGCAGACUUUGGUUGAACUAGGUUCCAGAGCUGGGGCUCUUAAACAAAUGCUGCUUGAUAUUCUUGAGGAUACAGAAGAAAUAAGACGGAUUUGUAUCAUGGGAAGGAAUUGCACCCUCAAUAGAAAUAUUGAAAUGGAAUGUCCUGUCCCUCUGGAGAAGCAAAUUGCCGAAGAAGAGGAAGAAGAAAUUGAGAUGCUUUUAGAAAAUUAUCUUCAAAGAUGUGAAUCUUGUCAUGGUCAGGCGGAAAGGCUUCUUGAUUCUGCAAAAGAAAUGGAAGACUCUAUAGCUGUUAACUUGAGCUCCCGCCGACUUGAAGUAAGCAGAGUUGAACUACUGCUUCAGGUUGGAGCAUUUUGUGUUGCAGUUGGUGCUCUGGUUGCAGGUAUAUUCGGAAUGAACUUGAAGUCUUAUCUUGAAGAGCAUGUGUUUGCAUUUUGGCUGACAACAGCGGGGAUUAUUUUUGGUCUUAGUAUUGAGUCUGGCAUUGGAGUCUUAAUGAAGGUCCGAUUGGAUUCCUUGAAUGGCCACCUGCAGUGGAACACGCUUCGUGCUAUUUAUGAAGACUUCGAAUUCAGCCUAGUAGAUUUGAUUCUAAUGCGGUUGAUUGCUUAA